AUGAAGUGGGGGAUCGCACUAACAAGUGCCAUCUUGGCGGCCACAACAACUUCCGCCCUUGACGUCUCAGACUGUUCUUGCGGUUUCGUGGAUCUUGAACACGACCAAGUAUGGACGGAUGCAUUGAUCGUAUACUUCAAUGAAACAAACCAACUACCAAGCGAAUUCAAGGCUCUUGAUUUUCAUCACAAGAGAGAGUUUGGGUUCAACUCGCUCUACAGACAGGGCGCCACUCCCGACAAUGUUAUGAUAGCCAAUGCCACGGAUGAGAAUGUGAACGAGCAGGUUCUUCAGCUGUGGAUUGACGCAGCUACUGGCAACCACUAUGUCCAAGGUGCUGGUAUCGAGGCUUUGAGACAGGAUAUGCAUUUUGGUACCUUCCGGUCUUCAAUGCGUGGACCGCCUAAGAACACCGGUGGAUCCGCAAUGUCGAUGGAGCUCUACCACAACCGCACAUCCUUUAUCGAAGCUGAUAUGUGUAACAUGCAAUAUCCCAGCGACGCCAAGUUCCUAGCCCUCAAGGACGGCGAGUUCCCGGACACCAAGUACCAGCUCAACUACACGUACUUCGCAGAUGACAAGAACGCUACCGCUGGUGGUGAUCCAUGGGAAUUCGUUGAGAACAAAAUUGACUGGACAGAGAAAUAUCGCAGUCGCGUUGACCUCAGCGAGCCCUUGCCUCUGAUCUUCAAGCACUGGUCGAUCGGCGACAAGUACUGGAUGGCAGGUCCUCCCAACCAGCGCAACCAGGCUGAUGUUGCAUGGGUCCGCGCCUUCUUCAACUCUUCCUUGACCACCAAGAAUGAACAGCUCGAGUUCGAUGGUCGCUGUAGAGGCGUUCAGAUGUGUUCUGUCAACGACAUCACCCUGCGUGGCUCGAGUCCUUACUCGCAAGCCGCACUGAUCCCAUACAAGGCACCUCCGCAGAGUAAGAGCUGGCGUAUUCCUGCCGGUAUUACAUCUGGUGCAGUCUUCGGAUUCGGUUGCUUGACCCUUCUCAACGUGCUUUUCAGAAGAGCUCCCUGGAAGUUGUUGCUGGCCAAGAACAGAGGCAAGAAGGUUCACGUCGAGCCUGAGCUCAGUUCGCCUUCUCCUUUCGUGCAGCAGCUUCUGGGUGUAUCCAAAGACGAGAAGACUCUUAUUUCUGCACCGCCGGAGAAGAAGCCAUCGACCGUGGGCUUUGUGGAUGUGGCGACUCCAGUUGGCGACAAGGAAAGCGCUCCCGACAGCAUGCGCAGAAGAAGUGUCAAGUUCUUCAACCCUUUCGAUUCAGAGGCUGGUGACGACUUUGUUAAGCGUCACAGCAAUGCUUUCGCUACCGCCACUGAACUGCCUAGAAACAUGUCUGUUACGCAACCCACCGACUGGCGUAGAAAGAGUAUGGCGUACCACGGUCAACUCCCCGAGAUGCUUCCGGAGCGAAGUGACAUGGCAAAGAAAGUCAGAAAGGCCAGUGUCGCGUUUGCUGAAGAUAGCUACACCCGUCCUCGUCAAGCCAGCACUUUCCAGAGCAUCAAGGGACGUAGCGGAAGUACCGUUAAGGCCAUCGGUCACGUUCUUCAGCAUGGUAUGCAUGAUGCUGAACGCGUCGAACCCAUCGAGUUGCAGGAGAACCUGAUGCGCAACGAUUCUGAUGAUUCUGGUAACGGAAAGGCUAGUGCUGCGAGAAGAGAGAGCCACGCAAACUUCGCCGGAGUUGUCAUGCGUGACCCCGAUACCUUGCAGGACGUCGACCUCUCUCACCAGUCUCCUGAUGCCCGUCGGUCUACCAUCAUCCGAGGAAGACAGCCCAGCGUGCUCGAGCGUUACCGCGAAAACCAUUUUGCCAGUAUUGGAGGUGUUUCCAUGGCCUCUGGAGUUUCGCGUCAGUCAGUGUCCGUCAAGGAUUGGAACACUCAGGACCUGCACGAAGUCACCACCAUCGACCCUCCUCACGAGUCGCAGAUGAAGUUUGCUCGUCGCAUCACUCUCGCCGAAGCUGUUCCCGUCUCUGCUGUUGAUAUGCCCUUGCCCAAGGCAAAGGAGCACGAAGCUCGUAUCAACUACCUCGCCGGCCUUGUCGCUUUCUCCUCUCUUGGUGUUACAGUGAUCCAUUUCAUGCUGACAUUCGACCCCUACGCCGGUGGUCUGAACUACGGACAGCACUACCGAAGUGAAUACUGGGCUCGCUGGACUGUUACCCCCGCUAUCCUCAACCCCAUCUGGCUUGGACCUUUCUUCGUUACCUCUUGUCGAUUCUUGGCAGCCAGAUAUCUCCGUGAUGGCGAAUUGGGCAUGAUUGCUGAGAAGAUGCUUCUUCGUGCACCCCGUCUGCUUCUGCCUCCCUUCAUCGUUGCUGCAAUGGAGUACCUGUUCUUCGAACUCAACUUCAUGCAGUGGCUGCAGUGGCUUCCUUCAAUCUCCUGGUCUGAAUGGGCUUACAUGACCGACUACGAUAACUUUGGCCACUACCUCAACGCAAUGUUGGAAUUGGCAUACCUAAUUCCUAAUGCUGCACCCCAGGUUGUCAGUCACUACUGUGUUGGUGUCCUGUGGUCUAUUCCUGUCCAGCUCCAAUUCAGUUUCGUGACGCUUCUUGGCGUUGUCAUGAUUCGCGACAUCAAAACUCAUUGGAAGCGUUUCCUGUUCUACAGUUGGUGCAUCAUCGCCAACUGGUACUCAUUGAGUUGGGGAUCUUGCUUCUGGGCUGGUCUGGCAUUGGCAGAUUUGCAAAUCACCUACAAGUUUAGUGCCAAGCUCCAGAAACGUCCUCUGCUCUGCUUGGUGUUCUGCAUCUGCUGUUGGAUUGUGGCAAUCUUCAGUGCUGCCAUGACUCUUUUGCAGGAUCGUUUGGACAUUCCCACCAUGUCUGGCGAGAGAAACAUCCACCCUGACAUGUACACCGGCAAGAGACUUGGUGACACUAUCAGAGGCGGAUACCCGCUCUACUUCGAGCCUCGCUACAACACUCUUACUUUCGCAGUGUCCAUGCAGCUUUUGGUCGAGACAAGUAAAUGGUUCCAGGCUUUCCUUUCGAUGAGAGUCUGGCAGCCCAUCUUCCCUCACGCUUUCACCAUCUACCUCGUCCACGGAUUCAUCUGGUGGACCCUUGGCUCAUACAUGGUGGUCCAGCUCGGAACUGAUGGCUGGCCUUACUGGUCCAUUUUGCUGCUCACAGCACUUGUCUGUUACUUCACUCUCGCCUUGACAGUCAUCGCACUCUCUUUCUUGACCGAGACCAUCACAGCAGCUUGCUGUCGCAACAUUGCUCGCUGGGCAAUGGAGCCCAAGGUGCCCAAGCAACCCACUUUGGAACCCUUCCCCCGCGGCCUCUUCCUCGAUCGCAACAAUGAUAGCGCAGCGGCCAAGGACGAAGAGACAGCUAUUGGCGAGUCAGGCAACGAAGUCGGAGCCGGCAACAUGGUCAGACGCCCUACCCUCAUUCCAGGCCAAGCCGUCGACCCAACAGCCAGACGCCCAACCCUCGUCGAAGGCGCCAUUCUCAACGACGCCGAGAAGGCCGCUUUGGGUCAGACAACCAUGUCAUCACCCAAGCCAGCACAUGGUGGAUUCGAGCAACAAGCCCGCCGUCCCACCCACGUGGGCGACUUCAUCAUCGAGGAAGAAGACGAAGAGAUGGAUCCCGAUGAUCCUCACUACGUCGGAGCAAAGUCGUCAGUGGCAUCUAGUUCUGCCGAGGCAUCAAGUUCGACAGACAGAAAUUCGAGUUCGGCGAGUUCGAGGCAGGCUCCUUGA